AUGUUUCCCUUCGACGUGAGCGCCAUUCCCACGCUGCCCACCCGCAAGGGUCUGCUGGUAGUCGAUUUCCAGAACGACUUCUUGUCCGCCGACGGCGUCCUCCCCGUCACCGACCACGAAGACCUUGUGGCCCGAACCGUCGAGCUGGUCAAGGCCUUUCGCACGGUGGGCGACGUCAUCUGGGUACGCACUGAGUUCGACAAGUUCCGCCCCGCUGCCGACGAGCAGAUCUGGGCCACCGAUGCCCUGCCGAAACCCCAGGCCCUUAAGUCGCGUGAGAGGAAGAGGCCUAAAGGCGCAUCCAAACAGCCGGAGCCCGAAGAAACCUCGGAUGCCGACCCCGAAGCCUUUCUAAGCCAGCCCGGCCCUGCCAUCGUUCGCCCCGCAACCCGCGGCGCUGAUUUCCCGGACGCCAUCAAGGAAGUCAUAGGUAAGAGGGACGUCACCUUCGUCAAAUCGCAUUACUCGGCCUUCACCUCAGGCCAGUUACUGCAAAUCCUGCGCGUCAAGUUUGUGCACGAGCUCUACAUCUGUGGCUCCCUCGCCAACAUAGGCGUGUACGCCACGGCCAUGGACGCCGCCAAGUUCGGGCACUCCAUCACCCUGGUCGAGGACUGCUGCGGUUUCCGUUCCGACAUGCGCCACACCAGUGCCACACGGAGCCUUGUCGACGUGACUGGUUGCAAGUUCGAAGACAGCGAGACCGUCAUUGAGAGCUUGCAGCCCAAGACCGGCCGGGAGUCUACUCCAACAUCCGCCUCACUAUCCCCUGUCGUGCCCAAAAGGGUCGCGGAGGCUGGCGAUGGCAAAGUGCCUCCCUCGGCUGAUGCAUACAAAGCGACACUCGAGAAGCAGCUGUCAAAACUCUCACUCGGGAGUUCGGGAGGUGGCCCGUCCAACUCGUGGUCCCGCAACAUUAUGGGCGAUUCCGAGUCUAUCGUGUCCGAUCCUUUGGAGGUUGAUCCAGCCGUCAGCGAGUCACCCUGCAAAGGGGCUUCGGGCAAACAAUCGGGCAAGGCGGUUCCGAAGUUUAGUUCGUCGAACAGAACAGAGACGGGUCACCGAAAGGAAACCCGUACUCUCAAGGCAUUGUCUGCAUCCGGCCUCGAACUCGAACCGGACCUGACGCCCGAUGCCGAGGCUGAGACCAAGCCCGAGCCCGAGACAGUAUCAAAGCCGAAGCCGAAGUCGGCGAAACCAGACUCCAAGCUUGAGCAGGCUGAAAAGCAGGCGGCCAUGGACGGCCAAGCCAAUGCGAAGGAACCCUCCCCGCAGGUCACCGGACCCCUCUGUGAGGGCGACACAACGGUCAUUCACAACCUCCUCCCUGACCCCUUAGCCGAGAACAUCUUUGAGAAGGUGAGAGACGAGGUUCUUUGGCAGAGAAUGUCACACCAGGGCGGUGAGGUCCCGCGCCUGGUGGCUGUCCAGGGCGAGGUGGCAGAGGACGGGAGUGUGCCGGUCUACCGACACCCAUCCGACGAGUCGCCGCCUCUCCUCGAUUUCUCGCCGACUGUCCGGAAGAUCAAGGCCGAGGUCGAGAAACAACUCGGCCACCCGCUGAACCACGCUCUGAUCCAGUUCUACCGCGACGGCACGGACUACAUAUCCGAGCAUAGCGACAAGACCCUGGACAUCGUCAAGGGCUCGUUCAUAGCCAACGUCAGCCUGGGAGCCGAGCGGACCAUGGUGUUCAGGACCAAGAGGCGAGAAAGGGACUCGUCUAGCACUGAAUCGCCGUUUGCGGAGGACUCGAAGCAGCGCAAAACCUCUCGCGCGAAGCUGCCGCACAACUCACUCUGCCGCAUGGGUCUGGUGACCAACAUGCGCUGGCUGCACGCCAUUCGGCAGGACAAAAGGGCGGAACGGGACAAGACCGAACCAGAGCUGGCCUUCUCCGGCGGGCGCAUCUCUCUCACCUUCAGGCAGAUCGGCACGUUCUUGGAUCGGGAUAGCACAUUGAUCUGGGGCCAGGGCGCCACCGGCAAGACGAGACAGAAGGCCCACCGUGUUAUCAACGGCCAGAGUCCCGAGGCCGUGGGUAUGCUCCAAGCCUUUGGCACAGAGAACCACUCGACCGAGUUUGACUGGGAAAAGUACUAUGGCAAGGGCUUCGACGUGCUCCACAUGAGCAACUCUCCCCGUCUCUGCGUUUCGUCUGACCCCGUCGUCAACAUGCGCAUCGCCUUGAUGCUGGCCGAGUAUGGUGUCACCUACGCCAAGGGCAGCAUGUCGCCGUCAUUCCAGUUGAAUGAUGGCGACCCAGGCGCCAAUGGUGCCACCGCCGCGCCCGAGUCUUUGCCAAUCAGGUUCGUCGACAACGACGUAGCAAAGUCGACGGUGCAGGGCGAACUAGCCAUCAUGCUGUACCUUGAUGCAGUGUAUGGCCCGGGCAAGACUACUGGUGCGACGGACAGAUCGAAGCCCGACACCGCGCGGGUCUUGACCCGCUUCCAGCAAGGCGUCUCCCUUCUCGACAAGUGGCGCCGGCUGGAACUCAACGGCGGCGACAAUACGCGCGACCUCAAACCGUUGAAGCGGGAGCUGGCCAUCUGGGAGGGGUACGCUGCCGAGGCGGACUCGAUCGCGGGGCCGAACUUCUCGCUGGCGGACUUUGCCGUCUGGCCGGUGCUCCACGCCAUUGUAACGGAAUCUGAUCCCGAGGCGCUGGAUGCGACCCGAAAGCUGAAGGAGUACUACGAAAAGAUUAAAGCCAGGGAAUCCGCUCUCAAGGUUCUUGGCGCGAAGCAGCCCGAGAGUACGGAUGCCAAGCAGACCUAG